AACCUAGUUAUCUAUGCAGCAUUAAACCUAUGUCAGUCUAUGCGCUGAAAGAGACACCGAGUUAGUUUUGCUCUUUUAUUGCUUCACAUGUACAUCACGAACAACCCGUAAACGCAGUCCAAACGUGCAACAUCCUGUAAUUUCGUAUACAUUGCUAAUGAAGGAUUUAGGACAUACCUAAUUACGGUGUAAGAUACAAAAUGGAUAUUUCACGAGAACGCAUGUUUUCGUCGCAAGAGACGCUGCAAAAACCGACCAAUAAGAAACGAGUUAUUAUAAUUAUUUCGAGUGUUGCCAUCGCAACUUUCAUAGUCGGGAUUCUCAUCGGACGCUUUGCUACUUGUCCGAAACAAGAACAGCAAGACAGGAAGGGUCUCUAUCUGCCCAAUGUGUCCGCAAAAUUGAUGCGUGACGAAGAUACGUCAAUAAUUGAUGAAGUCAUCAACAGCAUCAGCGCUGACAACAUCCGUGCGCAUCUGAGGGACCUUUCACUUUUUCCACACAUCGCUGGUCAAGAACAAAACCACCAACUAGCUCUGGACUUGAAAGACUUCUGGCUUAAAGAAGGCGUGGAUCACGUGACACUAACGCCGUACAACGUUCUGUUGUCAUACCCCAACAUGUCGGAUUUAAACUUUGUAGAACUUCUAGAUGAGCACAGCAGCACUCUGUACAAAUCAAACCUGACCGAGCCCAUUUUAAGACCGGAAGAGAACCAAACAAACGUGGUGCCGCCUUUCAACGCUUAUUCGGCCCCCGGCGACGUAACUGGCGAUAUUGUGUACGUCAACUACGCGAGGGUCGAAGAUUUCGAGUAUCUCGAGAAGAACAAGAGCAUACAUGUCACGGGAAAAAUUGUAAUGGCUCGAUACGGGAAAAUAUUUAGGGGAGAUAAGGUCCACAUGGCUGAAAUGCGAGGAGCGAAAGGCGUGAUCCUUUUCUCCGAUCCUGCAGAUAUAACUGACAAUGGUGAUAUGAACCAAGUGUAUCCGCAUGGCUGGUGGCUUCCGCCUUCUGGUACCCAGCGCGGUACAGUCUAUAUCGGAGACGGGGAUCCACUCACGGCUGAUUAUCCCGCUAUUGGCACGGCGUACAGGAAGGAGGACCCAACCAACUACCUUCCCAAAAUUCCCGUACAUCCCAUCGGCUACGGGAUCGCCGUUCAUCUAAUGGAGUCGCUGGGUGGGGAGAAGGUCCCCCUGGAAUGGAGGGGUCUGAUGAACACCACGUACAGAUUCGGGAACACCUUCAAAAACAACGGCUCGAAAGCCCGUAUCCACGUGUCCACGAGCAGUCAACGUGUAGACGUCUACAACGCGAUAGGAAUCAUACGGGGAGAGUUUGAACCUGAUCGGUACGUGAUUCUUGGUAACCAUAGAGACGCGUGGGUGUUUGGUGCCCUUGACCCUUCCAGUGGUACUGCCGUCAUGAUGGAGGUAGCUCGAGUCUUGGGAAACCUCGUUAAAACGGGCAAGUGGCGUCCACGGAGGUCCAUCAUGUUCUGUAGCUGGGGAGCAGAAGAAUACGGACUGAUUGGAUCCACCGAGUGGGUAGAGCACUACACAAAGACUUUAGGUGCCAGGGCGGUGGCGUAUCUUAACGUAGACAUAGCAGUGGAAGGAAACUUCACACUGGACGCUGCGGGUACCCCGCUCACCCACAAGACGCUGUUUGCAGCAACCAAGAAGGUACCAAACCCUAAUGCGGAGGAAGUACAGGCCGGCCGAAAGACGGUCUACGACACUUGGGUGAAAACAUUCAAUGGAUCACACGGCAAUCCUGCGGUAUCCCUCCCUGGAUCCGGAAGUGAUUACGCCCCUUUCCGGGACCGACUGGGGAUUCCAGUGAUGGAUUUCAGGUUCACAUUCCAUCCGAGUAUGAAGGUAUCCACCUAUCCGAUGUAUCACUCUGCUUAUGAAACAUUCUACCUCGUCGACACAAUAAUGGACAGGGGAUUUAAACGACAUCGUGCAGUUGGUCAAAUCUGGGUCGAGAUGGCACGACAUCUUGCGGACAGUUUGAUAAUACCGUUUGACGUCAUGGACUAUAGCGCGCUGUUACAAGAUCUCGUCAAGACCUUCCUAACGAGAUUUGAGGUUGAAAUGAAAAAUCAAACAUUAGAUGCGACCAAGCUACGAGAGGUUGCUGACAAUUUUACCCAAGCAACCAAGGAUUUCACAACUGCCAUCCAACACGCCAAUCUCGAAGAUCCGUACGUUGUGCGACGUAUCAACGACCAGCUGAUGCAGCUGGACCGGGCGUUCCUGGAUCCAGCAGGUCUCCCGGGCAGGCGCCUCAAGCGGCACAUUCUACUUGCCGAAAGUAUCGUAGAUUCCUAUUCCGGAAGUAGCUUCCCCGGCCUAUCGGACGCCCUCGUGGAGAUCCAGCAGGGAAACAACGUGACGGAACAGUGGGACAUCGUACGUCAACACUACUCCGUCAUCCUCUUUGCAAUCCAGUCGGCAGCGUCAACGCUUAAAGACGUCACCGACUUCAUGGUCGACUACUACUAAGGACAAACGUUAGAUGAAUAACAGUGCGCCUAUAAAAAACGACACAAAUACAUUUUUAAAUGGGGUAAACUGAAAUCGCCAUGUUGAUUGGUCCGAUAUAGGAACGUUGACUGAUCCGUUAGCGUUGUCAUUCGAACUUCUCUUUUACUUGUGUUUUAUGUAAAGAACACAUUUGGUGCUUCAUUUCUUCAAACAAGUACGCGUAGUAGUUUCUGGAGUAUAAUCCCAGAGAACGACCAAAGUUUCCGACUUGCGGCCAUUUUGGCUGAACGUUAGUAACUUAAAUUCGUGUUUAUUUUAAUAUGGAUUUAACAUAUUGUUUCAUUGGGAGGUGCAAAUACUUGUGUUGUACAACGGUAUUUGGAGGUGUUAUCACCUUCAGAGAUAGCUCAUUUCGUUGUUGAUCAUUCCCAUGGACGUGUUUAAGGAUUUAAUAUUUCGGUUUGAUAUAAAAAAUAACAAAAAUUACACCAAGAUGUUUCCGUUUUUUAUGAGCCUGUAAACACGGCGGAAACAAUAAAUACAUUCCUACA